AUGAAGUUGGUCGCGCUGAUGUACCUUGUGGGAUUAGGCGUCAGUCUUACCACUGGCGUAGAAGUGAACCGCCCAAUUCUUGCCAAUCAGCUUUCACACACCAAGCAAUUUGAGCUGAAUUUGACUUGGGAAUCGUGGGCUGCCGAUGGGGUCGUACGGAAACAAUUUUUGGUCAAUGGCCAGUUCCCUGGGCCACCACUCAUCAUGGACGAAGGAGACAACGUCGAGGUGACCGUGAAUAAUUUCAGCCCUUUCAAUACCACAAUUCACUAUCACGGAAUCGAGCAAGUCGGAACGCCUUGGUCGGAUGAUUCUAUUCUGAUCAACGGGAAAGGGCGGGUCAAUUGCCGCGAUCCUGGGGUUUUAACUAACAUGGUCCCUGAUUCGAUGAAGCCUGUGCUUCAAGGCAUGAACUUUACGGCUAAAGGUUGUCUCCCACUUACAAACACCUAUGCCCAAACAACGUUUGCACACAACUUCAGUGAAAUUCCACCCACCCUAUUUGACGAAUGUCACGCUACCAAAUCGACAGAAGAGGUCAUCGAAGCGCUAACAAUCAACAAUGGUGGCCGCUAUUCCUGUUUGAUACAACUGAACAAGAUUCCUGGAAAUUACUCAAUAACAGCGGCAAAUUCGGGAUUGAACCAAAAGAUUGCGGGCUUCGCUACUCUGUCCUACAAGCAUGGACGUUCGGUUACAUCAAUGCCUUCGAUUAACUAUGGUGGAGUCGCAACAAACACAGGGGUUGUGUCACUGGACGCAACCGUGGUUGAAAUGUUGACUCCUAGCCAGCCUAGUCAGCAGCCGGAUAAGACCUACAUUCUUACGGUUGGUCGUGUUAAAAAGGCCUGGGAAUGGUCUCUGAACGGAUAUCACACCUUCGGCCUUGCUAUGGAAGCCGAUAGGCCUUUUCUGUGGGACCCUCGAUCCGCAGCUAAAAGCCCUUUGGCUAUCGGGACGAAAAAUGGUACCUGGGUUGAUAUAAUUUUUUCCUUAUCUGGCAAUGUUUCUACACUCCAGCCUGGUCAUCCACUCCACAAGCACUCCAAUCGAGUUUAUGUUCUAGGUUCCGGCAGCGGCAGCUUCAAGUGGACAUCGGUCGCCGACGCCGUCAAGGCCAUUCCAGAAAGCUUCAACCUAAUCAAUCCCCCUAUGAGAGAUACUUUCACUACGCUUCCGGCUUGGAAAGGUGAAAGCUGGAUGGCAAUUCGCUAUCAUGUACAAAACCCAGGGGCAUUCUUGCUUCACUGUCAUAUCGACCCACAUCUGACGGGAGGAAUGGCGCUCGCGAUUUUGGACGGUUUGGAUUCAUGGCCUAGGAUUCCAGUCCAAUAUGGCCCACAAGGGCAGUGGCAAAUAUUGUUGGGGACGAGGUAUACAUACGACCAUAGGGUGUGGAGAACAGGGCUUCCCGUCCGCUCAGCCGUACUUAAGCCACACGCCGGUUAG